AUGAUGCUGAGCCCGGACCAAGCUGCCGACUCCGACCACCCCUCCUCGGCGCCCUCCGACCCGGAGUCCCUGGGCGGCGCGGACGCCCAGGCGCUCAACUGCUGCGUCUCCGACCCGGAGCCCGCGGAGGGCGGCGGCGGCGGCGGCGGCGGGGAGGGCCGGGGCGGCGGCGGUGGCGGCGGCGGCGGCGGCGGCGGGGAGGGCCGUGGCGGGGGCCGGCCCGGGCUGCACCCGCCGCCGCUGAGCCGGGAGGAGAAGCGGCGGCGGCGACGCGCCACGGCCAAGUACCGCUCGGCCCACGCCACGCGUGAGCGGAUCCGCGUGGAGGCCUUCAACCUGGCCUUCGCCGAGCUGCGCAAGCUGCUGCCCACCCUGCCCCCCGACAAGAAGCUCUCCAAGAUCGAGAUCCUGCGCCUCGCCAUCUGCUACAUCUCCUAUCUCAACCACGUCCUGGACGUGUAG